AUUUUGCGUAAACCAAGUUUUAAACCUAAUUGAUAUAUUUUUACUUCAUAUCUAAAAUCAUUAGUUUUUAACUCAAUGUUAUAACAAGCCUAGUUGUUAAUACUGUUGUUUAAUUAUAAGGACAGACAACAUGGUUUUAUAAUAUCAAUCAUUGUUGGAUUUUAUCCUAAUUUAUAUGUAGAAUGGGAGAAAAAUGUGUAAUAGAUAUAUUAUAUUAGAUAGUUGUUAUACAUUAAGAUAUCACUUAUAUUUUAAAAUAUUUAGCUAAGUAAGUUUAAAAAAUGAAAUGAAAAGAAAAAUGAAUCUUGAUGUUCAAUGUGUCACAGAGCAUCUUCCAGAUAUAAAUAAUGGUAAAAAAAAAUCACGCUUUUGGUAUGAUCGCAGAAGGCGUCUCUAUAUGCUACUUAUCUUGUUUAUUGCUACAACCAUUUGGCUGUUUAUCUAUUAUAAAUUAUUAAAUCACAGUUUUGAACUGCCUGAACCAUUACAAAAACUUCGUAAUAUGUUUGGUGAUGGUGAAGUUAAGAAACGACGUGGCAGAGAAGAUGAAACUCAAAAUCUAAACAUUGUUAUUCAUGAAAAUAAGUCAAAAUGUUUUACUCAAUUAAAGCUGCCUAAGUACCAAGAGUCUAUUCAUAUAGCAACAGUUGCUUGUGGAAAUGAUAAAAUUCAGGAGGCACUGGUAGCCUUGAUGUCUAUUACACUAACUACUGAUUAUAAUCUUUAUUUCCAUAUUUUCAGUGAUAAUUCUAAACCUUUUGAAAACCAGUUAAAAACAUGGCCUGCAUGGUCCAAUCGAUGGAUGAUCUAUUCUAUGUAUAAUAUUUACUAUCCAUCUUCUGUUAAAAAAUCACAAUGGAAAAAAACUUUCAAAGUUUGUGCAACUCAGCGGUUAUUUCUAUCUAGUAUUUUAGCUAGUAUUGAUUCAGUUAUUUAUAUUGAUACAGAUGUUUUAAUGUUUAAACCUAUAGAAAAAUUGUGGAAGAUGAUCAGUCAAAUGAACUCAAACCAAAUAAUUGGACUAGCUCAAGAGUGUGAAACUAAAGCAAACUGCUGGUAUAAUAAAUAUUCUAGAAAUAUAUAUUUUAAUCCUCAUGGCCUAAAUUCUGGGGUUAUGCUUAUGAAUUUAACUAGAAUGAGAAGUUUGAAUUGGGAAAAGGCUAUUGUAGAUAUUUAUAAAAUAAGCAAGUCUAACAUAACAUAUGGUGAUCAAGAUAUAUUAAACAUAUAUUUUGCAAAACAUCCAAAUCAAGUAUAUUUGUUAUCUUGUACAUGGAACUAUCGACCAGAUCACUGUUUAUUUGGUAAUGUAUGCUUAGAUGCAUUUUUUAAUGGAGUUUCUGCCCUUCACGGAAGCAGAGAUACGUUUCUUAAACAACAUAUUCAGCAUGAGUUUUUUGUAGUAUUUGAAUCAUUUAAGAAAUUUAGAAUUACUCAAGGGGAUUUUCAGCAUGAUGUGGUUGAAGUUAUUAUCCAAAAAUUGAAAUCAAAGAGUUACUAUAGUGUUUGUGCAGAAAUGUUGUAUAAUACAACUAUUAAUCAACUUAGUUGUUCUAAUUAAGUUUUA